CAGAGGACCAUUUUUAAUCUCAACUGAACCACCCCUUUUGCUUCCUUAGCCAAAUCACCAAAAUGUGCAGUUAGAACAAGAAUUUAGCAUCCUGCAAAAGAAGUUAACAACUGAGGAUUCAUACCUUGAAAGAUGAAAAGAUUUCCAUCUUCCUUACAGAAUCAUUUAGAGGUUACACGAAAGAAAGUAUGUAAAACAUCUGGGAUAGUACAGCACAUAGUAUGUUUUAGAGGAAACAUUCUGAAAUGGAUCCCAAGUAUUUCAUCUUAAUUUUAUUUUGUGGACACAUGAACAAUACAGUUUUCUCAGAGACAGAAGCAAUUACAACAGAGAAGCAGCCACAAUCUCCUUUGUUUAGAUCACCAAUGCCACAUGUCUCGGCUAAUUUUCAAAACACAACAGGGAAUCCUUUGGGUCAACCAACACAAUUCAACAACAUUUCUUCUAGACAAUCAAUACCAACUGCCCAAGUUGCUGCUGGACAACUAACACUAGCUGUCCAUGCCUCUUCUGGAAAACCAGCAGGACACACUUCUGCUGGACAACCACUUGCCUACACCACCACCAGACAACCAAUACCGACGGCCAACUCUUCCUCCCAACGAACAGCACUACCUAUGUUCACCUCUGCCAAGCAACUACGAACAUCUGCCCAUACUUCCUCCAGACAAUCGCCACCACUUGUCUAUACUUCUUCUCAACAACUAUCAUCUGUCCACACCUCUUCCAAAACACCAAUACCACCAACUGUUCCAAAUCUCUCCAUACAACCAACACCAGCUGUCAAAAGAUCACCUAGGAUGACACCAGGAUUCAACCUAGAAACUCCCAGUACAGCCCCACGUAAAACCAAUUCUGAUUCCAUAGCUGCCAUAUUAGUUGGUGUAACUCUGACUUUUAUGUUGGUAGCUAUCAUCACUAUUGUGCUAUGCAAAUGCUUGAGAAAACCAGUUUUAAAUGAUCAAAAUUGGGCAGGUCGGUCUCCAUUUGCUGAUGGUGAAACCCCUGACAUAUGUCUGGAUAACAUUAGGGAAAAUGAAAUACCCACAAAACGUACGUCAAUUAUUUCACUUAUGGCCUGGAAACCAAGCAAAAGCACACUUUUAGCAGAUGACUUAGAAGUUAAGUUGUUUGAAUCAAGUGAAAACAUUGAAGAUUCCAACAACCCCAAAACAGAAAAAAUAAAAGACCAAGUAAAUGGUACAUCAGAGGAGAGUGUUGGUGGGUCAACAAUCGGCACUGCUGUUUCUUCUUCAGAUGAUGCAGACCUGCCUCCACCAGCGCCUCCCCUUCUUGAUUUGGAAGGACAGGAGAGUAGCUCAUCUGACAAGCCCACAAUGACCACUGUAUCUCCUCUUCCAAAUGAUUCCAUCAAUCUCCCACCAUCUCUGGACGGUCUCAAUCCAGUCUGUCAAGAUCAUAAUUCUGAGUUCAGACAGUCAUUUCCACCUCCCCCUGACUCACUAAACUUGCCGGUGCCACCAGGAGAUUUUAUGGAAGCCCCGGAAAAUUCCAACAAUGAGAUCCAAUGUCAGGAAUUCUCUGUUCUUCCUAACUCUGAUCAAGAUCUCAAUGAAUCCCUGCCACCCCCACCUGCAGAAUUGUUAUAAAUAUUACAACUUGCUUUUUUAGCUGAUUUUCCAUCCUUCUUAAAGAACUCCAUUAUUUUGUUUUUCUUCAUGUGAUGAAAUAUAUUAAAUGGCAGCUGGUAGCCAAUUUUGAUUUUUAUUCAGGAACUACCUGAAAGGUGCUCAAAGCCCAUGUGCAUAGGCGGAACUUAGUUUUUAAAAAAUAUAUAACAGUGAUCUACUUACUGGCUAUAGUAUCUAACUUUAAUAUAUAGCACAUUUUACCUAUGUGGAGGGUAUAUAUCAAUAACUUAACCAUUUUGGAAGUAAUCUACGUAUACUUAAUAUUACCCAAUAGAUUUUUUUUCCUGAAAAGCUGUGUAUUAAGUUACCUUGAAUAAAUAAAAAUUCAUUUUUCCAUUUCAGAGUUUGAGGUAAAUGAAAUGAGAAAUUAUUUUCAUUUUUAAUUCCUAAACAAAAUUCCAAGUUUUAAAUUAAUACCUCAAGUAUUAAAUAAAUAUUCUAAGUUCAUGGGGAUGAGUGAUUAAAGUGAAUGUUUGAGAAUUGAGAAAUUUCCUUUUAGCUCUCAUUGGAAACAGUAAAACAAACAUAUUAAAACAUCAAAUUGGGGGGUUGGGUUGGGGACAUUUAUUCUGAAAAAAAAAAAAUGAGUAUGCACCAGAAAAUGUAGACAUUUUCCUGUCUUGUUGGGGGAGCACAAAUUUUGAAACCAGCCUCUUUAAAAAGUUUCUUUUUUUUAACACACCUUAAGAACCCAAAGAAAACAAAAUCUUACAGAAGAAAAAAACAAACAAAGAAAAAAACCCACUUUUAUGGCUUCAUUCCAAAUUUAGAUGAUUUUUCCAGGAAAAACAGAUUGUAUCACAAUACAGAUGGUUCUCAACUUUCACUAAACUCAUACUUUUUUGACACUAUACAUUCAAACUCUUCAACUGCUUUUCUUAGGCGGAAUUUCAUCUUUUAUCCAUUACCUAACAAGCAAUAAAUUUGAGUUACCAGAGUAGGACGGGUCCGAUCUUGGUCACAGUCAAGGCGGGGAGUGUUCCUUUGCCUGCGCUUGUGUAGCUGCCUGAAGAAGCACUCCUUAGCCCAACAAGCACGUCAUCUUUCUCCUCACCCCUCUCCCAACUCCUGGGGGAAACAGUCCCUUAGAAUGAAGUGUGGUGGCCUUAUUGGUAGCUUAACGUUGGAGAACCUCUUAUAGUUCUGGGAUUUUUAAGAACAAAAUAUGGUAUUUAUUUGUAGCAUGGUGUUCAAGAAACUAACCAAGUUCCACCUUUAAUAACAAUUGGCAGGCUUCUGUACAUUGAAAUUUUAUAUACAAUGUUUCUUUGUCAACCUUUUAAGCCAUCCCUUACUGACCAUGAAAACGUUUAAUCUGCAAAAAACACUUUCCUGAGCUGCUUA